ACGGGAGGAGGAGGAGGCACAGCACUCAAAGCCCCUCCAUCCUCCUGCCUGGUGUGCGGAGGGGUGUGUAGCGGCGGCGAAGGGAGGCAGGCAGGCAGGCAGGCAGGAGGAUGCCCUCCGGAGCUCCCCGCGGGGGUGCGGGCUGCGUGGGCGCUGGGCGCGGGUCCCGGCGCGGCGCGUGGGCGGGGGAGCCCGUGUAGCGGCGCGCGAGACCCCUUCCCGGGCGGGUGGAGCCCAUGCCCGCCCUGCUCCCGCUCCGGCUCCGGCGCCGGCUCCGCGAUGGGCGGCCCGCCCUGGCCCCCGAUGCUGCUCCUGCUCGGCUGCUCCGCCCUGGCUGCUGCUGCUGCAGGACUGAGCAGUCCCAUUGGAGCUGGGUCGCACUGUGAGAAAGCAUGCAAUCCUCGAAUGGGAAACCUAGGAUAUGGACGUAAAUUGUGGACAGAUACAAGCUGUGGAAGUAACUCCACAGAACUUUACUGUUCUUACAGUGAGGAUGCAGACCUCAUGUGUAAAUGGCUUAAGUGUAGCAAAUGCAACUCAAUGCAUGCCCAUCUGUCUCACCCGCCUUCUGCCAUGGUUGACUCUUCUUUCAAGUUGCCCUAUACAUGGUGGCAAUCAGCACAGGGGCUGCACGGAGAGAAAAUCCAACUGAACCUGGAAUCUGAAUUUUAUUUCACCCAUUUAAUCAUGGUGUUUAAGUCACCAAGACCAGCAGCCAUGGUUUUGGAACGAUCUCAGGAUUUUGGAAAAACAUGGACGCCUUACAAAUAUUAUUCCACUAACUGCUCAGCAACCUUUGGGCUUGAUGAUGAUGUAACCAAGAAAGGGGCCAUUUGCACUUCAAGGUACUCUAGUCAUUUCCCUUGCACUGGAGGAGAGGUUAUAUAUCGGGCCCUAUCAUCACCGUAUGCUGCUGAUGACCCUUACAGCCCUGAAGCUCAGGCCCAGUUGAAGAUCACUAACCUUCGAGUGCAAUUGCUUAAGCAACAAUCCUGUCCCUGCCACAGCAAUGACUUGAAUGCAAAACCUCCACAGCUGAACUACUACGCAAUCUAUGAUUUUAUUGUAAAGGGGAGCUGUUUCUGUAAUGGCCAUGCGGACCACUGUGUGCCCAUCAAAGGAUUCAGGCCCGUUAAAGCAGCAGGAGUCUUCCAUGCAGUCCAUGGAAGAUGCAUGUGCAAACACAACACUGCAGGGACCCACUGUCAGCACUGCGCUCCUCUCUACAAUGACCAGCCUUGGCAAGCUGCAAAUGGCAAAACAGGAGCCCCAAAUGAAUGCAGAUCCUGUAAGUGCAAUGGGCAUUCUGACACUUGCCACUUUGACAUGGACACAUGGCUGGCAUCAGGAAACCAAAGUGGUGGAGUCUGUGAUAAUUGUCAACACAAUACUGAAGGACAACAUUGCCAGCGUUGCAAACCAGGCUACUACCGAGACCUUCGAAGGCCAUUUUCUGCUCCAGAUGCCUGUAAAUUGUGCUCCUGUCACCCGAUUGGAUCCGCAGUGCUUCCCUUUAGCAAUAGCACCUUCUGUGAUCCCAGUAAUGGUGAUUGUCCCUGCAAACCUGGAGUGGCUGGUCCUCAAUGCGAUAGAUGCAUGGUAGGAUACUGGGGUUUCGGAGACUAUGGCUGCCAGCCAUGUGAUUGCGCAGGAAGCUGUGACUCAUUGAAUGGUGACUGCAUCAGUAGUGCAGCCAUAGACUGGCACCAUGAAAUCCCUGGUUUUCAUUCUACAGAUAACAAAAGUGAACCUACAUGGGGAUGGGAGGAUGAACAAGGAUAUUCUGCUCUUCGACAUUCAGGAAAAUGUGAAUGCAAAGACCAGAUUUUACGAAAUUCCAAGAUCUUUUGCAACAUGAAAUAUACAUAUGUAUUGAAGGCAAAGAUUUUGUCAGCUCACGAUAAAGGUUCCCAUGCUGAGGUCAAUGUGAAGAUCCAGAAAGUACUGAAAUCUACAAAACUUAAGAUUUUCAGAGGAAAGCGGAUUCUUUAUCCAGAAUCAUGGACAAAUAGAGGCUGCACUUGCCCAAUACUUAAUCCUGGUCUGAAAUACCUUGUGGCUGGAUAUGAAGAUGUUCAAUCAGGAAGACUGAUAGUCAAUAUGAAAAGUUUUGUCCAGCAAUGGAAACCAGCUUUAGGGAAAAAAUUAUUGGAUAUUUUAAAAGACUGUAGCUGAGAGUGCCGAACAAGGCAUUUGUCCAUACACGAAAUGCAAACAUGGAGAAAAUAAGCUCUCUAAAAUGAAAACUGGAAUGUGAGGGAAUAGUGCCAAAUGUGUGUAAAGAGGUACUCCAAUUUCCUAGCCUUUCACCCUGAUUAUAAACAUAGUAACCGCUAUUGCAUCAUUUAUGAAAAGAAGAAGAGUGAAGCCCCUCCACCAGCCCUGCUUGAAUGUAAAUAGGUGUGUAGGAGGUAUACCAGUCCCAAAAAAUAGUGAACACAUCCAUCCAUAAGCUGCACUCUUAGAUCUUUUUCAGUUCCACCAAUCACAUUUUGGAGGAAGAGCAAGACUGUAAACAAAACUACACUCAUGUAUCUAAUCUAUUGGACUGAUCUGCUUGAAAGUAAAUGUCUUUAACUCAACAGAAGACUUCUUACAAUAACAGCUUUUACAUUAUGUCUCGAUAGUCAAUGUGGACUUAGUAUCUGGCUUUAUCGGUGCUUUAAUGGUCCACACUGAAGUAUGUGGAACAUCAUAAAGUUAUUUGAAAGUUGGAAGUUUAUUUUCAUGUUCUGCUUUAGAAGAAUGAAUGCAUACUUAAAUGACAGACAAAAUAACUAUCAUGUACCAUAUCUGUUUAAAUCUUAAGAACCAGUCAAAUCCAUUGGAAUGCUUUUCUUUCACACUUCUGUAUAAAACAAAUAGGAAUAUUGUUUUGACUAGAUAUCCCUUGAAGACUAUACAUGUAUGGAAAUGACAUGUAUCUGUAGGAAAGAUCCACCGGAAGGCACACAGAUUCAGACUACAUCAGUUCCCAUUUAAAUGAACUCAAUAAUAUAAUGAACAACCGAAUUCGGUGAAAGUCAAGUAUGACUAACUUAAAAUGAAUCCAGCCAAUAAAACUGGUAAUUCCAGCAGACCUUUAUCCAACAGAUUUUUGUGGAACAUUCUUUAAAAGCAAUUCAAGGAUUGUCACUUGGAACACUUGGACAUACCAGGUCACAUUGUGUAGCCUCUGAAACCAACAGGGGUUUGUUUCAAACAUCAGACCUUUGGGGACUAUCAUAAAUGAAGAGAAUUUAUAUUUUUGUGGGGUUUUUUAAAUAAAAAGGCUGGUUCCAUUAUAUGUAGUUACAAGUAUAAAUGGCAAUGUCUCCAUUAUGGAGCAUUACAUGCAUUUAAGUCUUUGAUUACAUAGAGCACUUUAUUGUCUGCCUCUUACCAGUCUGAAUUUUUUAAUGUUCAGGAACAGAUUAUGGCACAAGAAAAAGUAUUCUGAAACAGAAGCACUCCAAAACUGUUAGGACAAAAUGACUAGUGUACUUCAUACCUGGCAAUUGCAACUCAGAAAAUCUAAGGGUACAUUUUGAAAAAUUAAUAUAUUUAGUGGGCUGCUGCGAGUUUUCUGGUCUGUAUGGCCAUGUUCCAGAAACAUGGCCAUACAGUCUGGAAACUCAAAACAACCUAGUGAUUCUGGUCAUUAAAGCCUUUGACAACUAAUAUAUUUACUUUGAAGCCCCAAAUUCAGACUAAUAGCUUGAUUCUAUGGAUAUCAAUUAGGAUUGGACUAUAUAUUAUUGCGAAGAGAAAUCUUUUAACAAAAAUAAUAAAACAUCUGCUUGAUGCAAUGUGAUAGACUUCAAAAACCAUGAUGGACUUAGCCUUUGUUUAUAGCAUCUAAUUUUGAAAAAUAAGUUCAAGUUUUCUUGUAAAUGCAGUCGGUACCAUGAAUGGCUUCUGGACCAAGCAAAGGAGUCUCUACCCCAUUCUGUCCAUAAUUUGCCAAGAAUGAAUUAUCUUCCAUUAUUAGAUUAUAAAGAUCUCUGGUAACAGAUCUUUAAACCAGCACCAAAAUGGUUCUACAUACCUACAGAAAUGCACACAAACCAACACACUUAUCCACAUAUGUAUGUAUGUGCAUGAAAGGCAAAAGAAGAGUUACAAUGCUAUUUAAAAAUAAAACACCACACUGGGUCAUGUCUAUAUUUUCUAUUGUGGUCCUGUGGAUUCACAUAAAUGAUGCUGUUUUGAAAUUUUGCUUUUGUAUCUAAUGUAUAUAAUAAAUAUAUGAUUUCAAAAAAUU